GCGGGGCGGAGGUCGCGCGUCUGUGGCCUGGCUCCUGUGCUCCGCGUUCCCUCACUCCAGGUGGGACCUUCGCCUAGCGCCCCCUUGGCCAGCGCGUCGCCGUCACUCCACGACUCCUCGGUCCCAGGCGGCACUCACGCCGGGGCUGUCUGAGGUUGUCCCAAGGCCCCCUCCGUGCCAGCGGACUUAAGCCUCGUCCUCCCCGCCCCGUGGUCACCCGGCUCGGGUUUAGGGGCAGCGCAGGGACAGCCCCCGCACCCCCGUGUGGGGUGCGAGGGCCGCCCCCUGGACCUCACCCAACCAACCUGGGGGACUGCCAGGAGGAGGUGACGCCUGCAGUGAGACCGGCAUGGGCAAAUGCCUGGUGGCUGGAACAGGAUCCCAUGUUUGGGAAACUCUGGGGACUGCGUGUGCCCGGAUGGGGAGGUGCAGGAGAGCUGUGAGAGCCUGGGAGUGGGGUGGGGGUGGUGGGCCUUCUAGGAGGAGAAAUUGGGAGCCAUGGAGGACCAGAAAAGGGGUGCGGGGGUGGGGGGGAGGCCCAAGUGGUGACUGAGGGGUCAGCUGUGGCAGUUGAGUGCUGCCUCCCUGGGGCAGCCCCUUUCUGCUCUACUGCUGUGCUUGCUGGUUGUUUUAGGGAGCCUGGGCAGCCCAGAAAAAAGUCACCAAACAAAACUUCCUUGCCUAUCCUGACCAGGAAAUACCAGAGUGGGUGCCAUGACAGGGUGUGGCCCAGGGGCCUAAGAGGCCUUGGAGAGGGUAGGGGAUGUCCCAGUGACCCUGCCUGAGAGCAACCUGGCUUGGACAGAGGCCGGGAAUGCAGGGGAGAGAGCAGGUCUGGCUACUGGUUAGAUCGACACCGGGACGGGCAGCUGACUCACCUGGACAAGCUGAGACUAGCCAGUUCUGUCCUCACCCGCCCCACAGAGAGCACCAAGGCUGCCUGAGGAGGCCCUGAGGGCAGUGCCCUGGCCAUGUGCAGCCGGGAGGAGGAGGCCCUGCGGCGGCUGGAGGAGGUCUUCUCAGCUACUCUCGCCCGCAUCAACAGCCUUGUCCUCCAGCCCCUGCUCGAAACCACCCCAGAGCCCUCCGACCCCCAGGUCAGGGAGUGCCUGCGGCUCGUGCAGCAGCUGCACCAGAGCUCCCAGCGGCUCUGGGAGGUGACGGAGGAGAGCCUGCACUCGCUGCGGGAGCGGCUGGGCCACCACGACGCCGUGGGUCUGGAGUCCCUGCUGUUGCUGCGUGAUGCUGACCGUGUCCUGCAGGUCCACGUGGAGUACAUCGAGUCCUACGCUAGCUGCGUGGCGGUGCAGGCCUUUCAGAAGGCAGCAAAGAAGAGGAGGGAGUUCUGGCGGGGCCAGCGCAAGGCCCUGGGGCAGCUCCUGUCGGGCGUGAGCUCCGAGGCCAAGGUGGGCACCGCACUGACCCAGGCCCUCCGCCAGCCGCUGGCCCAUCACGUGCAGCAGUAUGUGCUCCUUCUGCUGAGCCUCGGGGACAGUGUCACGGAGCCUCACCCCGCUCGGGAGCUGGUGGUGCACGCGGCCACCCUCUUUGGGAACCUGCAGUCCUUCAUGAGGCAGGCGCUGGACCAGGCCCUGGCCACGCAGGCUCUCUGGCACUCCCUGAGCAGCCGGCUGAGAGAUGUGCUCUGCACCCCUGCGCGCCGACUCCUGCAGGACAGCCAGGAUGUAGCCGUGACGGUCACCCCGCUGCGGGCAGAGCGUGUGCUGCUCUUCAAUGAUGCCCUCGUCUUGCUGCAGGGUCACAGUGUCCACACCUUUGAUCUGAAGCUGGUGUGGGUGGAUCCUGGGCAGGACGGGUGCACCUUUCAACUCCUCACACCCGAGGACAAGCUCUCCUUUUGCUCUAAGAACGCUCAGGACCUGAUGGUCUGGCAGUGGAAAGUGACUCAGGCUGUGUGCCAGGCCCUACGUGGGAAGAAGGACUUCCCUGUGCUGGGGACGGGCCUGGAGCCCUCCGAGCCCCCCGCCUGCCGCUGCGUGGCAUACACCUUCCGUGCUGAGGGCCGGCUCUGUCAAGCCACCUACGAGGGCGAGUGGUGUCGGGGCAGGCCCCAUGGCAGGGGCACCCUGAGGUGGCCAGAUGGCCGGAAUCACGUGGGGAGCUUUUGCCAAGGCCUGGAGCAUGGCUUCGGCAUCCGCCUGGUGCCUCAGGCCUCCGAGGACAAGUUUGACUGUUACAAGUGCCACUGGCAGGAAGGCAGCAUGUGCGGCUACGGCAUCUGUGACUUUGGUGACCCUCCGCAGGUACGGCACCGACGAGGUGUACAAAGGCUACUUCUGGGCAGGCCUGCGGCACGGAUUUGGGGUCCUCGAGAGCGCCCCGCAGGCCCCACAGCCCUGCAGGUACACGGGCCACUGGGAGAAGGGCCAGCGGAGCGGGUAUGGCAUCGAAGAGGACAGCGACAGAGCACACAGAAGUGCCCGGGAACGAUUCUGACCCCACUCUGGCUCCUCUCCAGGGGGGAACGCUAUAUCGGCAUGUGGCAGGCUGACCAGCGCCAUGGCCCGGGGGUCAUGGUCACACAGGCUGGUGUCUGCUACCAGGGGACCUUCCAAGCGGACAAGAUGGUGGGCCCCGGGAUCCUCCUCUCUGAAGAUGACUCCUUAUAUGAAGGCACCUUCACCAGGGACCUGACCCUUGUGGGGAAGGGCAAGGUCACCUUCCCCAACGGCUUCACCCUGGAGGGCUCUUUUGGCAGUGGGGCAGGGAAAGGACUGCAUACCCAGGGAGUGCUGGACACGGCUGCCUUCCCGCCGGAUCCAAGCAGCACCCGAAAGAGGCAGCUAGGUGUGGGUGCCUUCCCCGUGGAGAGCCGCUGGCAGGGGGUCUAUGGCCCCUUCCGGGACUUCAUUAGUGCCGGCUGCCCUGGGGACGAGCUGGAGGCCCUGCUGGGCUUCCAUGUACAGAACUCGAGGGAGCUGCGCAAAUCCCAGGAGUACCUGUGCUGUGAGAGGACCCAGCCCGAGGCCUGUGCAGGCAGAAUGGAGGACGUCCUGGACGAGCUCUUGCUGCACCGGGAGCCCAGGGCCCUGCGGGAGUGCCUCGGGAAGGCUCUGAGCAGCUCGCUGCACCCCUUGGGCAAGCUGCUGCGGACGCUGAUGCUGACCUUCCAGGCCACGUAUGCGGGCAUCGGGGCCAACAAGCACCUGCAGACGCUGGCCCAGGAGGAGGUGAAGCAGCACGCGAGGGAGCUCUGGGCCGCCUACAGGGGUCUGCUGCAGGUGGCCUUACGACGCAAGGGCCAGGCUCCAGAGGAGGACGAGGAUCCGGAGGCAAGGGACCUGCAGGUGCAUGGCCUCGUGCUGCCGCUUAUGCUGCCCAGCUUCUACUCGGAGCUCUUCACUCUCUACCUGCUUCUCCACGAGUCGGAGGACAGUCUCUACAGCCAGGGCAUUGCCAACCUGAGCCUCUUCCCUGACACAAAGCUGCUCGAGUUCCUAGAUGUGCAGAAGCACCUGUGGCCCCUCAAGGACCUCACGCUGACAACCAAUCAGAGACUUUCCCUGGUCAGGGACAAGUGCUUCCUGUCAGCCACUGAAUGUCUGCAGAAGAUCAUCACUACGGUGGAUCCCCGGGAGAAGCUGGAGGUGCUGGAGAAGACAUAUGGGGAGAUUGAGGCCACUGUGUCGCGUGUGCUGGGCCAGGAGCACAAGCUGCCCAUGGACGACCUGUUACCCCUGCUUAUCUAUGUGGUGUCACGUGCCCGAAUCCAGCACCUGGGAGCCGAGAUCCACCUGAUUCGUGACAUGAUGGACCCCAUCCACACAGGAGGCUUGUAUGACUUCUUGCUCACAGCCCUGGAGUCCUGUUACGAGCACAUCCAGAAGGAAGACAUGCACCGCUUUCCUGGCCGCUGGGACUCCAAGGAGCUCUGGUAGCUGGGCCGGCCCGGGCCCACUGCAGAGCGGAGAGGGGCCGCCGCGGACAUCCCUGGGGAGCAAGCAAGGCCAGGGCCUCAUCACCCGCAGAGCAGACGGCAGACUGGAGGUGGCUCUCAGAGGAGACGAGCUAUUAGUGUCUCCCGAGGAGAUACGGCUGCUACCACCCCUGAGCACUGAUGGCAAUGACACUGGAGCCGGGGGCUUCCCCUCCCCCUCGCCCUGCCGCUAGGUCAGUCUCAAGGAUGACCUCCUUGACCUGCCUCGACUCACAGGUUUUUUGCCAACCAAGCCUCCCCAGCCUCAGUGUUGUUGUCUGUGUCCCAGUGGCCCAGACGGUCUGUGACGGACCUUCUGCUCAUCUUGCUGGAUUCUGGAGUCCUUCUGGAAGUUUGCCAUUAGUCUGCUGGGCUGAUUUCCUCCCAUCA